UUUUCCGCAGUGUCACGAUUUCCGCUUCCCUCCUUCAGAGAGAGAGAGGAAAACCACCCGCACGGCGGAGCGAGCGGCGAUGGAGGAUCCCGGGGCCGCCGGCGGGGCCGCGGCGCUGCGCUCGCUGCUGCCGCCCCGGGAGUUCCUGCGGUCCCGCAAGGGGCGGCUGCUGCCCGCGGAGGCGGUGCUGUCGUUCAUCAUCUUUAUCUGCUAUAUUGCAUCUCUAGCUGCCUCUUUCAUGAUGGCACCACUCCUAGAGUUUCUGCUGGCGCUGUUUCUUUUCUUUGCCUAUGCCUCCAAACUUAAUGAGAAGUUUAAAGGAGUCUACUGGCCUUUGACGGAUUUCUUGCGGUGCGUCACUGCUGCCAUUAUUUACUUUGCCAUUUCAAUUGCUGCUGUCUCAAAAUACACCGAUGGAGCAUCGAAAGCAGCAGGAGUGUUUGGAUUUAUAGCCACGAUAGUGUACGCCAUUGAUUUCUACAUAACCUUCAAUGACCUGGUGGCUUUCCUCAAGCAAGGCAGUUCCGAGGCCCCUGAACAGCGCAAGUCAGAAGAUGAAAACUCAGAUUCUGACUCGGACUGAAGGAUCGAACACCAACCAAACGUGAAGGCAAGAUGAUCAAGCACUUUCCCCUUUGCUGAACGCACUGCCAACUGAAGUAUCUCCUUAUUUCAGCAUCGGUAUCCUCUUUCCACCCCACUGUUUGUGGAAUCACCAAAGCUCUGAUAGGGCAGUGAUGUGGAAAAGGAGACUAUUCCCAAAGCCAUUAGACACUCCUUCAGAACUACAAAUUUUACAGUAGUUUAACCUGCCACAGACAUCAGUCUCCAAACAACGCAUCUCAGUUCGCUGUUGCCCCUCCAUUACUCAGCACCACAAUGUACAGAGAAAAUGGGAACGUAGUAUUUUAAACAUAUAAGUGGAGCUUUUAAUACGCUUUCUUAAUUCCAAAUCUUUUUAACAUUUAAUAGCUUUUAUACUUCUUUCUGUGCCAAAGAAGAGGCUCAGAAUGCCUCUACUUUAUUUGUAUUUUUCUUGAUUAACUAACAGUAUUUCUUUAUUUGAAGUGUGAGUAUCCCACUAUCUCAGGCACUGAAGGCGUAGAUCACAGUCAACACGUUGGUUUCAAUAUCUAUCUACUACCUGUCUGUGACAAGAGAAAGUGGCAACUGGAAAUCUGCAGCAAGAACAAACCUCAAUGCAGAAUACAGUCGAGCCGCAGGGUAGGCAGCUCAUCAAAUAUUGAGUAUCACUUUUUUAAGCUGCUUGAAUGGGGUCACAUCCCAUUUUCUGCAAUUUCACUGGAUACGAGGUAUAGCAGAUGAGGCAUUGUCUUACCAGCCCCUUCCUACCCUUCGCCUGGAAGCCUUCAUGCGUGUUUGCACGUAUGCGUAAGGGAGGUUUGCCAAACACCAUCCAACAGCAUCUGCCUAUCGAAGCCCACAGGUAUUUGUGUGCGAGAUAGCACUGAUCUCACGCUCUGGGUUGCGAACACCGGUCCUCCCCUGAGCAGCACCGCUGGGCUUCGUCCCCUGGGUUUGCAAAACAGGCGCUGUUUUCUGUAAUACUCAGGAUAUCUGGGCCCCAGGAGGGCAAUACAUCCUUCCCACUGUGAAACGGCAACAACCCAGCCUCCAAACCAAAGAAUGUCUGCAGUGAAAUCCAUUUUCCCAACCCCCUUUUUUUGGUGAUGUUUGGUUUGGGUUGGGGUUUUUUUUAUCCCUGGAAGGACACAAUUUAUCUCAUGGUCCGAUAUUCCAGGGAAAAAGCUUUCUAACGUUACAAGAAGGUAUUUUCAUCAUUAGCACAACCUACCUUGAACUAUUUUGUGUCCACCUAUAAAUGCGUGCUGCUUGGCAAAGGCGUGGCACCCGCCUUGUGUGCGGCACCAGACAGGUCGACUUCAAAGAAACCUGUACACGUCUUUUAAAAAUUAAUAGUAACAGAACAGGUGGCCUUAACAAAAAGUAAUUAAAAUGAGAGUAGAUGGUACUAACAGAGUAAAUGAAAAACAGGGAUAAAACAAUAAAAGCAGAUUUCUUUUGGAACAAAAUCACUGCUUGGGUUCCAAUUCCCUGCUGGCAGCUGGCUGCUGACGGGCAGGAACACGGUACCUAACAGCGAGCAGGGGCUUGGGAAGGUGCUGGCCGUACGCAGAGCUGUCUGACAGGCAGCUCCUCACCUCCUGUUUCCAGACCACUGCAUAAAAGCAAAACAAAUGGUUGCUUCCAAAUGUGAACAAGUAAUCUUUGCUUUUAUGAGCAAAAGCUCUUUGAGCCUUUUCUGGUAUGAAAUACCACAUUUUUUUUCUUUUCUAUUGUCAUAUUUUACACUGUGAUGUCGCGGGACCUGGGCUCAUUUUUUAUAUCCGAUUGUUUUGUAUUUCUCUUUUUUUUUUAAUUAAAAACUGUACUGCAUGUCACAGCUGGAAACCAGAUCAUGGUAAUAUUUAGAAACCAUGCUGGAUUAAACCUCUUUUAAUGGAAGCGUUGGGUGUCUUUACUUAUUUUAAGGCCUGGACUUAUGUCCUUGCCUCAGACCAGCGAGAGUAGUGGUGUUUCAAGAAAUUCCAUUGGGGAGGACACUGUGUGCUGGGGAGGCGACAACCACGCAGAGCCAGCACCGGAGACCACUCACUCACGCUUACACAUCUGGGAAGGAGAAACUUCAUCUUCGGCACAUAAGCAUGAAAGGAUUUAACCAAGAAUUAGUUUUAGCGCAUUUAGUAGAUGCUGGGGAUUCUGUGCUCUUAAUUGCCAACCAAUAACCUCGUAAACAAUCACCCCUUUGGAUUUACCCUUCAUGGACAAGUUAUAACUUGAAACCUGCUCAGGUUUCUUGUUGAUUUUUUCACUGUGGAAUACUCCUAACAUCAACAGGAGAAGCAACCAAAAUUUCUCAUUAGUUGUUUCAGGACUACAUUAGCAGGUAUGCAACGAACUGCCUGCCCAGAGCAUUUCAUUGUUAGCACUCAAGUAUUUGAUGAUUACACUUACUUCUAAGCAGUUUGCUCCCAGGGUCAAGCACUCAUGUAAAAAUUCCAGCCUUUCAUUUAACAAGAGAUUCCCAUGAUUGAAAUAAAAUACACUUCUGCAUUUUAUCAAUAUCAUGUCAGGAAAGAGAAUUCAAUUAAAAAUUACUUUAAAGCCAAUCCUCACUGGGGCAGCCAGGGGAGCUGACUCAGUCUUUUGUUCCUCUCCUGGCAGCAAUACUGCACUAAGCUCAGAGCCAGGGCAGAGGAAAAGACUGGUUGGCUUUUUUGUUUGCUCGCUUGCUUGUUUUAACUCAAGUGACAAGAUCAAAAUAGUGGGAGCACUGGUUUCUCUGCAAUUCAGGAUUGGUGACACAAGCGUCCUGUUACACCUGCAGCACAGAGGCCUCACUGAAGUUCUUCUGUCACUGUACCAGCAGGGUCAUAAUCAAACGUCUCUUUUCCAUCACAACAUCAUUCUUGUUCCAAACAGGAGCCAUUUCCAAAACCCUUACGGGCUGAGUAUGUGAGUUCAUUACAGCCAGAGCCCAACCAUUCCUACUGGAAUUCCUGUGCUGUUUGAACAGCACUCAGCAGCAGGCAGACCUAAGGAGAUAUAAGAGUUUCCAACACCAAGUGUGGAACAAAUCUGAGUAGAAACGAUGCAAGAAGUCUUCUAGUAUUAACACUGCGAAUCAAAGUCACUAGCAGGAAGGCAAAACAAUCAGCUGCCAUCGCAGGCAAACAACUUCAUACAGCGCUCACACCCUUGGAAGGUCUCUCUCCCACCUUCUCCUGUCAAAAAGCUUUUAUACUUAUCUGUGGGAGAUUUGUUCAGCCUUGUGUGGCCAUCUUGGACAGGAAACCUUUCCAAGCAGCCGUUUUAGAUUCCCACUGAAAUCAAGAGGCUCGGCUGUCCUUUUAACACUUUGUCUAUUACUCCACUUAAUUUCGCUUUUCACCUGAUACAGCUCCAAGUCUUACAUUUCCAGCUGACAAAGCAAUUUCCAAGAUCCUAAAGGAAAAGCAGUGCAUCUCAGCCUAUGUGGUGUUUGAGAAGAACAGCAUGCUGGAAAGCAGAAGACAACUUAAUGCUCUGCAUAGCAGGCAGAUGUUUUUCAUUCAUUAUGCUUCUGUUAAAUGUUCAUUGUACACAUUUCUAAGCCUGGAUUUUAUAGCUGCAUCCUCCCCUGCUAGGAGACCAGCAGCCUGUAUCAUUAAGUGUGUACUGCUAACCAAACACUAAUGGUGCGUGUUUCCGACUUCCAAAAUGCACAAAUAAAUGAGAAAAUAUGCAUAUUGCUACUAGGCUGAGCUACACCUCAUAGCAGGGAGCUUGCAACCCACCUUGUAAGAGAGAAAAAAUAAUUAAUGAAGUGGCUUGAUUACAAAGACCAGGAACCAAAGUGCCCCAAAGAGCAAGAUACGCAUCGCCUUGUGUUUUACAUUUGCCUGUAACCAUCCUUUAAUCCUUUCCUGAGCACGGAGAGAGAAAGAGAGCAAGAACACAACAAGGAAGCAGGAAAUUUAGAAGCUUGGAGAAUGCAAAUCUUGGUUAUAAGGUAUCUGAGACACCUUUUUGCAUGGAGGAUUGUUUAAUGGUAGGAUGGAGACUCCAGCUCUUGAUUUUCUUCUAAGUAAAGAAGACCAUAUCAAAAAACCCUCACUGUAAAAUAGAUUCCUCCUUUGUGGGAAGAACUGACAGGACUCUGAAUGUUUCGCAAAACUCCUAGGGCAAAAGGCAGAACAUCGCUACUCAGAAAAUAUAAGUGUAUUUUUAUUAAAAAAAAAUUAAAUAUCUAUUUUUCAAUCUAUUUCCUUGAAAAAGAAAACAGCAAUCCCGGUAUUAAUUUUGGCCAAGUAAUAUCUGUGCUUUUGGUUUGUACAUUUGUGAUGCUGUGUAUCACAUUUUGUUAGCCUGAUACAUUAAAUAAGAAAUCAGUUGUAGUCUGCCCAGGAGACUGACGAAGAUUCAGCAUUUAAGUUAGAAAGAAUAAACCUUUUUUUGUUUAGUUUUUUUAUUCAACAGCUGACAAAACUUCUUUUGCCCAAGGAGCACCCCAGCUAACAUCAUCAGGAGCAAUGUGGCAUUAAGUCCAGCACUUUAUCUCUUUGUUUUUAAAGAGCAUCAAUUUCAUUGAGGCCUGAUCUCUAAACAGGUCUGAUCAACGCAACACAACCCUGGGUUACAAUUCGCCACUGCUGAUAACCCCACACAGGCAAAAUGAACCAGCUCACCUUCUAGCAGAGUCGUACAAGCACAUGAUUUCCUCAGGGAACACUUCUGGAGAAGCUCAAUCGUACCAACACCUCCAAUCACCUCUGCACUGCAUGUUAUCCCUAAGCAGUGUCUUAAAAGCAUCAUCCGUAUUCUCAAAUCUUCCCCCAACAAUCAUUGAACCAUCCAUACGUUUCCUCAGUUCUUACUGUUUUUGACUCAGUGCUUUCACCUCACACCUAAAGCACCUGGACACCAAAAAUACCAAUUGCAUCAAGGUAGGGCGUGCAGCCGACAGCCCCUGAGACGCCAGAGCGUUACCUGUUCACUCUGGCAUUUCAGGUCCAAGACUGCUUUUCGGUCCAGAAGAUGAUGCAGCCAACCACAAGAUACAGCGUUUCGGCCCAUUCCAAUGUAGCAGGCAGAGAAACCUCCACAAAAGCAAUCCCACCAUAACCGCUUCAGCAAUAAAGCAGUUCCGUGUGCUUUCUGCUACGCCUAAUCUCUUAUCAUGGACUUAUAUAUAGCUUUUCCUUAACUCCUGCACAUCUGAGGUUUAUUUUGUCAGAGCUGGGUUCACAAACAUCUUGGACGGGAUUGGUUUGUUUGAUGCUGAACUCCUACGCCGUUGCCUUGAAAAGGAAGUGCAUGUAAGCAACUGCUGUUACUGGAUUAUCAACUCAUCAACCACAAUGCUCAGCAUACUGAGCUUAUAUUUUGCCAUUACAGAUGAAGACAAUGUUUUAUACUUUAAUAUCUCCAUUUAUUAAACAGGAAGUCCUUCACAAAUGAUUCCAUACUAGAUUGAUCAAGAUAAGUGUUAGAAAACUACCAUUUUCCCUACAUAAAAAAAUACAGACUUUUACCACUAUGAAGACACGAAGAGUACCAUGAAAAUCCAGAGAGCUCAAACCUUCAAAUAUCAGGAAGAAAAAGACAGAAAGACAACUAAUUAAAAAAAAUUUACAAAAAGUAUUGUGCCCAUAUACAAAAGAUCGGAACAGCAAAAUGACAUUUAAAACCGAUAAAUACACCAUUUAAAUUAUGCAAUAUCAGUAUGGAUUUUAUAAACAAGACUGCUUUCUGUAUUGCAAGACAUUACAAUUCCUCAGAUUGUGGUUUUUUUUGUUUAGCAUAAAAACCAACAGAAAAGAAGCACACAUUGAAAACUCAUUACUGGUGUAAAAAUGAAUUGGAGGUUAUGUUUUCUUGUGUAUCGACCUUGCCUUUGAAACUGGUCAAGGAUUAACAACGUGGCUCACACAUAUCUGGAAAAUGCCACACUUACACGUGUAAUCUACAGCUCCCGAUGCCGAGGGGACAGUGACAGGUACUGCACCAGAAAGCGUCUGUGCUAUCAGCUGGGCCCCUGCGCAGCACGAGAACUUCAACAACACUUACCAAAAACAUUUGAAAUUCCUUCAAGGCCGUAAAUUGUCUCUACAUGAACGUGUACUGACUGGUGAUAUUGUUCAAUCCUUGAUCAGGAUUUGGUGAUAAACAGGUACCUGAUCUGCAGUCUCCUAAGUCAAUGGGGAACUUUGCCUGAGUAAGGACAACAGAGUCAGGAUCGGCAUUUGCACAGAGUACGCUUGGAAGAUUUUCCUUGGCAAAACAUUACAGUUUUUCUUAC